AGGACUGAAGGAGCUGGGGGACAAGAGGCGGGGUGGGCGGUAGGGGGAGGAAAUCCCGUCGCUGAGACGCCGGGCUGGACGUUCCCGCCUCCUCCGACACUGUCAGGUCGGAUCGGAGAAGGGUCACCGCCUCCUCCAGAGAGCAAGGGGGCGGAGCCCGGCUCAGGAUCAUGGAUUUUCCUGGACAUUUUGAACAGAUCUUCCAGCAACUGAACUACCAGAGACUUCACGGUCAGCUCUGUGACUGUGUCAUUGUAGUGGGGAAUAGACAUUUUAAAGCCCACCGCUCUGUGCUGGCAGCAUGCAGCACGCAUUUCCGAGCCCUGUUCUCCGUGGCAGAGGGAGAUCAGACCAUGAACAUGAUCCAGCUGGAUAGCGAGGUGGUGACAGCGGAGGCCUUCGCCGCACUGAUUGACAUGAUGUACACCUCCACCCUCAUGCUGGGUGAGAGCAACGUCAUGGAUGUCUUAUUGGCAGCCUCUCACCUGCAUCUGAACUCUGUCGUUAAGGCAUGUAAACAUUACUUAACGACAAGGACGCUGCCCAUGUCCCCCCCCAGUGAGCGCGUCCAGGAGCAGAGUGCCCGCAUGCAGCGCUCCUUUAUGCUGCAGCAGCUGGGGCUGAGCAUCGUGAGCUCGGCCCUCGGUUCCAGCCAGAGUGGUGAGGAGCAGCCAGCCCCCCUGAGCUCGUCAGUGCGCAGCAGCCUGGACCAGCGGACGCCCUUCCCCAUGAGACGCCUUCAUAAGCGCAAGCAGUCUGCUGAGGAGCGGGCCAGACAGCGCUUGCGGCCCGCCAUGGAGGAGUCCGCCAUUGCUGAUGUCACGCCAGAGACUGGGCCGUCAGGGGUCCAUUCCCGGGAGGAGUUCUUUUCACCCGAUUCCCUAAAAAUCGUGGACAACCCGAAAGCCGACGGCAUGACCGACAACCAGGAAGACAACGCCAUCAUGUUUGACCAGUCCUUUGGUGCUCAAGAAGACGCCCAGGUGCCCAGCCAGUCGGACAACAGUGCCAGCAACAUGGCCCCACUGUCCAUGGCCUCUCGUGCAACUCAGGUGGAGACCAGUUUUGAGCAGGAAGCCACAACUGAGAAAAACGGUUUUCAGUGUGAAAAUCCUGAGGUUGGUCUUGGUGACAAGGAACACAUGAGAGUGGUGGUUAAAUCUGAGCCCCUGAGCUCUCCGGAGCCUCAGGACGAAGUGAGUGACGUGACCUCACAAGCAGAAGGCAGCGAAUCUGUGGAAGUGGAAGGGGUUGUGGUCAGUGCUGAGAAGAUCGACCUCAGCCCUGAAAGUAGCGAUCGGAGUUUUUCAGAUCCCCAGUCUAGCACUGAUAGGGUGGGUGACAUCCAUAUUUUGGAAGUCACAAAUAACUUGGAGCAUAAAUCGACUUUUAGCAUUUCGAAUUUCCUUAACAAGAGCAGAGGAGGGAACUUUAGUGCAAAUCAGAACAGUGAUGAUAACAUCCCAAACACCACUAGUGACUGCAGGUUGGAGGGCGAGGCCCCAUAUUUGUUGAGUCCAGAGGCUGGGCCUGCGGGCGGGCCCUCCUCGGCCCCUGGCUCUCACGUGGAGAACCCGUUCAGUGAGCCUGCGGACUCCCACUUCGUCAGGCCUAUGCAGGAAGUGAUGGGCCUGCCAUGCGUGCAGACUUCUGGCUACCAAGGAGGAGAACAGUUUGGGAUGGAUUUUUCCAGGUCUGGUUUGGGCCUCCACUCCUCCUUCUCCAGGGUAAUGAUGGGCUCCCCGAGAGGAGGGGCCGGUAACUUUCCAUACUACCGACGCAUAGCUCCCAAAAUGCCAGUGGUAACUUCUGUCAGGAGCUCCCAGAUCCCAGAAAACCCGGCCGGUUCCCAGCUAAUGAUGAACGCGGCCACGUCCUCAUUUGAGAAUGGCCACCCUGCACAGCCCGGCCCUCCGCAGUUGACCAGGGCAUCUGCUGACGUCCUGUCGAAGUGCAAGAAGGCCUUAUCCGAGCACAACGUCCUGGUCGUGGAGGGGGCUCGCAAGUACGCCUGCAAGAUCUGCUGCAAGACUUUUCUGACCUUGACAGAUUGCAAGAAGCACAUCCGUGUUCACACAGGUGAAAAACCGUACGCCUGCCUCAAGUGCGGCAAGAGGUUCAGUCAGUCCAGCCACCUGUACAAACAUUCAAAGACGACGUGCCUGCGCUGGCAGAGCAGCAACCUGCCCAGCACUUUGCUCUAACCCCGGGCCCCCGGGGUCACGCCGACACCAGCCGUGGGACCCGCGCCGUCAUCUCCUCUGGUUGGCGGUUAGUGCCGUCGGGGUGCAGGCUGCGGGCUGCCCGGCGGCUCAUGGAGAUUCCGGGCCCAGCGCGUGCGGAGCGAGUACGUAUAGGAUGCGUACUGCUGCGUUUCCGAGCAAAAUGCACGCGGUCCCCGAAGCCAAGUUCUUCCUUAGGGUUGAGUAAUUCAGUCAGAAAGUAGUUUGUAAUCGAUGGUGUUACAAGUGGCACAUUUAAACAUUAAGAAUUGAAGUGCAAAAAAAUUUUUUUAGCAAUUUUUAUAAAACUCCGUGGAGCAUUUAAUGAAAUUUCCUAUAUCCUCCGAAGGGAAUAUUAUAUACCUGUACAGUGAUGCAAAAUGCACUUAGGUGUGACCAGUGGCGCACUCGUGCCUGUCCAAAAGGAAGGCCCUUGAGGACAUGCCUGUCCGCCACGAAUGCUUUAAAGUGUAUCCUGAGCGAAUCCAAGGCCUCAGAAAGUACUGUAUUUUAAAUUCCCGUCUCAUUUGCAGUCACAGACACUGCACUUUGCUGGUGCUGACACUGGGUCCAGAGCGAGCGUUCUCCGGACCGUAGGUGUACAUACUUUUGAAAACAUCACUGCUGGAUAGUUGUUUGAACAAUUUUUCCUGCUUUUAAAAGCAGAGCUGUAAAUGGAGUACGUACCUGUAGGGAGUGACAAGUGAGGUGUUGUUUCUGUUCGUGCUGUUUUAGUGGAGUCUCAGCCAACUUGUGUCACGGAUGUUACAGCUCCAUGUUUGGAAGUCAGAAAAGAGCUGGUGUUCGUCUUUGU